AUGCAUACAAUCUCCGACAUUCAGCUACCUUCCGAGCUCGUAGACAUUAUUAUCACAGAAUUCUGGUACUCCGAGCAUCCUUCAAGCGGACGAAUUACCUUUAUGAAAGCCUGCCCUUUUAUCAACAGCAUUUGGAGGGACGUCUACGCACGUAUCACUUCUCGAGACAUCUACGUCCCUACGGCCGCAUAUCUACUAUAUCUCAGCUCUAUCAUCCCAAGGGACGAUUCCCCAAUUUAUGGUCGCCUUCCUUCCGAUUCCACUCGUACCAUAACUUGCUAUGUCGAUCUCACAAAUUCGACGGAUGACGCUGCCAAAGACCCCUAUUCAGUUUUCUGCAGCCUGCCCAACUAUCUCGGCUUUCGCAGAUGCUUUUCCAGCAUCGAGUGA